GGCAGAGGAGGAAGUGUCAUGGCGUCGGGCCGUGGAGCUUCUUCUCGCUGGUUCUUUACUCGGGAACAGCUGGAGAACACGCCGAGCCGCCGCUGCGGAGUGGAGGCCGAUAAAGAGCUCUCUUACCGGCAGCAGGCGGCCAACCUCAUCCAGGAAAUGGGACAACGUCUUAAUGUCUCUCAGCUUACGAUAAACACUGCGAUUGUUUAUAUGCACAGGUUUUAUAUGCAUCAUUCUUUCACCAAGUUCAGUAGAAAUAUGAUAUCACCCACUGCAUUAUUUUUGGCUGCAAAAGUGGAAGAACAGGCUCGAAAACUUGAACAUGUUAUCAAAGUAGCACAUGCUUGUCUUCAUCCUCUAGAGCCACUGCUGGAUACUAAAUGUGAUGCUUACCUUCAACAGACUCAAGAACUGGUUAUACUUGAAACCAUAAUGCUACAAACUCUAGGUUUUGAGAUCACCAUUGAACACCCACACACAGAUGUGGUGAAAUGUACCCAGUUAGUAAGAGCAAGCAAGGAUUUGGCACAGACAUCCUAUUUCAUGGCUACCAACAGUCUCCAUCUUACAACCUUCUGUCUUCAGUACAAACCAACAGUAAUAGCAUGUGUGUGUAUUCAUUUGGCUUGCAAAUGGUCCAAUUGGGAGAUUCCUGUGUCAACUGAUGGAAAACAUUGGUGGGAAUAUGUGGAUCCUACAGUUACUCUAGAAUUACUAGAUGAGCUAACACAUGAGUUUCUACAAAUAUUGGAGAAAACGCCUAGUAGGUUGAAGAGGAUUCGAAACUGGAGGGCUAAUCAGGCAGCUAAGAAGCCAAAAGUUGAUGGACAAGUAACAGAGACACCGCUUCUUGGCUCAUCAUUGGUCCAGAAUUCCAUUUUAGUAGAUAGUGUCACUGGUGUGCCUGCAAAUCCAAGCUUUCCAAAACCAUCUACGUCAACAUUCCCUGCACCAGUACCUCUAAAUUCAGGAAAUAUUUCUUCUAUUCAAGACAGCCAUGCAUCUGAUAAUUUGUCAGUGCUAGCAACAGGAAUGCCAAGUACCUCAUACAGUUUGUCAUCACACCAAGGUUGGCCUCAAGAUCAAGAGUCAGCAAGGACAGAACAGAUAUAUUCACAGAAACAGGAAACGUCUUUGUCUGGUAGCCAGUACAACAUCAACUUCCAGCAGGGACCUUCUGUUUCACUGCAUUCAGGAUUACAUCACAGAUCUGAAAAAAUUUCUGAUCAUGCUUCUGUUAAACAAGAAUAUACUCAUAAAGCAGGGAGCAGUAAGCACCAUGGGCCAGUUUCUGCUACUCCUGGAAUAAUUCCUCAGAAAAUGUCUUUAGAUAAAUACAGAGAAAAACGUAAGCUAGAAACUCUUGAUCUGGAUGUAAGGGAUCACUAUAUAGCUGCCCAAGUAGAACAGCAACACAAACAUGUGCAACCACAGGCAGCAAGCAGCAGUUCUGUAACUUCUCCCAUUAAAAUGAAAAUUCCCAUCACAAACCCUGAAAAACCUGAAAAAUAUAUGGCAGACAAAAAGGAAAAGAGUGGAUCCCUGAAAUUACGGAUCCCAAUACCACCCACUGAUAAAAACGCCAGUAAAGAAGAACUGAAAAUGAAGAUAAAAGUUUCCUCCUCAGAAAGACACAGUUCUUCUGAUGAAGGCAGUGGGAAGAGUAAGCAUUCGAGUCCACAUAUUGGCAGAGACCAUAAGGACAAGCACAAGGAACACCCUUCCAACCGCCACCACACCAGCAGCCACAAGCAUUCCCAUUUGCAUAGUGGCAGCAGCAGUGGUGGCAAUAAGCACAGUGCUGACGGAAUACCACCCACUGUUCUGAGGAGUCCUGUUGGCCUGAGCAGUGAUGGCAUUUCCUCUAGUUCCAGCUCUUCAAGGAAGAAGCUGCAUGUCAAUGAUGCAUCUCACAACCACCACUCCAAAAUGAGCAAAAGUUCCAAAAGUUCAGGUAGUUCAUCUAGUUCUUCCUCCUCUGUUAAGCAGUAUAUAUCCUCUCACAACUCUGUUUUUAACCAUCCCUUACCCCCUCCUCCCCCUGUCACAUACCAGGUGGGCUACGGACAUCUCAGCACCCUCGUGAAACUGGACAAGAAGCCAGUGGAGACCAACGGUCCUGAUGUCAAUCACGAGUACAGUACAAACAGCCAGCAUAUGGACUACAAAGACACAUUCGACAUGCUGGACUCGCUGUUAAGUGCCCAAGGAAUGAACAUGUAAUCAUUUGUUUAGGUCACUUUUUCCUUUCCUUUUUUUAAUUUAAAAAAUGUUAGAAUGGAAAACUUCCUCCUGAUCUGGCAGUGGUAACAGCUGCUGUUGCUGCCAUUGCUUCAAUAUUUGUAAGUGCUGCUUUAUUCUUCAUUCUGAAAAGAAGAGAUUAUAGUAAACAAGUCUUUAUCUCCACAUAUGAUAGUGUUAUAAAUACUGUAAAAGCAUGGAAGGCGCAAAACUCAGUAUUUCUACAAUUGCAGCUAAGAACAUUAGGAUGAAUGGCUGGCUGCUUCUAGGAAUAUAAGAUGCCUCAAGCAUUUAUUUAUAAUUUGAAUACUGUAGCUAUUUUUGUUAUUGUUGCUUGGCUUUUGAAUGAGUAUAAAUUGUUUUGUGUAUUUAUACUUGUAUGUAUGAUUUGCAUGUUUUGAUGAUAAAGGGAUAAAACAGUAUACUGAUAACUGUUUACAAGAAAGUGGAGAAAAAUGUACAUACAUUUUUGUAUGUUUAGAUAUUACCAUAAAUACUCAGGAUUGGAGCUGCUUGUAAGUAUAACAAUAUACAAAAUAACUUUAUUUUAUCUUGUGUUGGAGUCCAUCACUAAUCUAAAACAAAGGUGGCACUUUUUCAUGUUAACUUUAAACUCUAGGCCUUACUGGAAGCCGCUAAAGGGGAGGACACUUCACUACAGGAUGGGUGUACAGUGCCACCGAUGGUUAUCAACACUGUGAGGCACUGAACUUUCGCCUUCAGGAUCUGACCAGAUUGGUGGCUGAAAUAGCCCCUAGUUUUCUGAAGGCUUGAAGAGGAGCAAACAAAGUUUACAUACUCUUGAUGUGAAGUGCAUUUAAUGUUUGUUGGCUUGUUGUAGUGCUAUAAACACAGAGAUGUUAAUAAUGGCUAUGUAGAUUAUUAUACUUUGGAAACUAAAUUCACAGAAACUUACACAGUGAAGAAUUAGUAAGUUUUUUCCUUAAACAAAGAACUUUAACACUACAUGUUUUAAUAGUAAACAGGGAUUGCUUUUCUUUUAGCAUUCAGAAUGAUAACCAUAUUCUUAAUCAUACUCCUUCCCUAAAGUGUGUUUGUGUGUGAUGCCAUAUUUCCUUUUCAGGUGAACGCAGUCUUCCUUAUAAAAAAUGAAAUUAAACUUAUUGCUCUCUCAAUUAUUUUAUAUUCUGAUAAUAAAUAAAAAGAAAAAAAUCACUGACUGUGCAUUGUACCUGUAUUUAUAACUUCUAGUUGUUACCAGGAAGCUCUCAGCCUCCAAGUUAACCACUGGUGGAGGUUUUACAUUUAUUUGUUUAUCUCAAUAUAUUCCUGUUGAGGUAGAUAAAGUUUGCACAGUCAUCUGAUUUCUGAAUAAAUGACAGAUUUUAGCUUGUUUAAAGUUUCUGUUAAAUGCCAGUGAUAAGGCUCUGGUUUAUCAGCUAAUCUUGAAUUUAUUCUGUGGUAGAUCUUUGAGCUGUUGAGUGUCUUUGAGUUGGAUUGAAUUCAACUUCUUUUGAACUGAAAACUGUCUUAAUUUUUUGUCUGUGUAUAUGAACUAUUUUUGUUACAAAGCCACUGAUAUGUGCGCAAUUGUAAUUUUAGUCAAGUGUGUUCCAGUUGUAAAUAUUAGAGUUUAAUCCCGUGGUUUAGUUUUUUUUAGCGGUUCUCUAAUUCACCAGUAGUUAUAUAAUUUUUUUAAGAUGAUUGUUCAUUCUUUCAUCAAUGUUAUUUCCACUUAGGAGAUUAGGAGCCUGUUUCAAGCGACUUUGCCUAGCUAGCAUGUCCUAACAUUUGUUCUUGUAUCGCAUAAUUUUAGUAAUCUUUGUCAUUACAUGUAACUUCGUUGCUUUGUAUGACAUAAUAUUGUAUCCAUAAACAUGGUAAUUUUGAUACAGUUAUACUUUUACAGUGGUACAUAAUCCAAGAACUAGUAGAAUUAAGCUGAGUUCAAGAUGAGGGAGGGAAGGGUUUUGUUCUUGGCAAUUUAGGUGUGAAACCUCUAAGGAGCUAUCAUGUGAUAUGACAUAGGGUGGUUGUUCUACUGUAUAAUUGGGAAUGAUAUACCAGGAAUUUUAAUAAUAUUUGUAAAGCUAUCCAGAAAAGUAGUGAAUUUAUUUUCAGUAUGACAUAGAAGACAAUGUGAAUAUUUAAGGUCUGUGACUAUACUUAAACUUCACUAAGUUUGCAGAAUUGCAAUUUGCAGAAUUGUUUGAGAUGUGGGAAUAGAAUAAAGGUAAUUUUGUUGAAUCUUUAUUGGUGCUAAUGAUGGACAGUUAAAAAGUAGCUAGUGUAUAUUGUUAUGGGUCAGUACUUAUUAGUACUUACAAAAUUUAAUCUGAAAUGCUAUGUAUACACUUUUCACUCUGUAAAUGUAAUUCUUUACAAUGAUUUUAUUUAUUAAAGGGCAGCCAGUUGUAAUUUUUACAGAUUGUGUGAGCUCUUCAAACUCAUUAACCUCUGAACAGGGUAUUAAGCUUUCAAAGCUGCAAUGGGAAUAGAUAUGGAAAUCCUUUUAAGGUUUAUUUCUAUUACAUGAAAACUCUUAAAAUUCAUAUGCCAUGAAUUUGCUUUAACCGUCUUAUUUGCAUAAAAUAGUUCAUCAGCCUGAUCCCAAUAGGCUCAACCAAAGAAAAGACUCCAGUGAAUGGACAUUAUUACUGAGUCUUCUUGUAAGUAGCCAUAAAUAAACCAAAAUAGUAUCAUCAAAUGUAGGUAUGAAAUUCCACAUGUGCAAAGUACUGUUAAGGUGAUACAUUUUGAUGAGAUUUUCAAAAAUAUUUGAAAUAUUAAAAAGCAUUUUAUCUUUAAACAUCCUAUAAAAGAGUGAUUCAUUUUUAAGAUGCAUUUUCCCUAGAUCACAGACUUGUUACCUUUAUGGAGAAGCACAUUGCAAAGAAAGGUUUUAUUUCUACCUCUUUCACCUUAUUCUCCCAGCAGUGAGCUGUGCCCCUAAACUUGCCUUAGCUACUUCAAAAUACGAAGUUCUCUAGAACCAAAUAAAAGGGUGUUUAUUCACAGAAACAUUCUCAGAGGCCUACUU